AGCGCACGCGCUACUCUGUUCCCGAUUGCGACAAGGGGGGUGCGGCUGUAAUCAUGGAUCCCAGUAUACUCGCCACCAUGGACAAGGACGCACUGAAGAAGCAGAUCGAGAACAUGAAGUACCAGGCGUCCAUGGAACGGUGGCCUCUGUCAAAGAGCAUCGCGGCAAUGCGAGAGUACGUGGAAGAGAAUGAGAAGAAUGACCCGCUGAUACACGCGCCCGACAAGAAGAACAAUCCGUGGGCCGAGAAAGGCAAGUGCAUAAUCAUGUAAUCGGGGCCAACAGCAGAGGAAGAGCAGCAGAAGAAGAAGGAAGCGUGCAUAUAAACCGAGAAGAAGACGAACCGAUCGUUCAUCCGCGGCGAAGGGAAUCUUAGACAGAAAUCACGAGAAGGAAAAGAAGGAAGUGGAGCGAAAAAAAAGAGGAAGAAAUGCCGGUAGACGUCCGCUCUGAUUCGAUCGCGGAUUUAUUCGAUCGUCGAAACGAUUGUCGAUCGGUCACUGAAGUAAAUAAUGUGGCUAUGAAUCGAUCUCGUAAUCGAUUCGUCAAUCAAAAAUCGGGCGAAUCGUUUACCGGAUUCCAUUCCUUCGGGACUGCUUUUCCAUCGCGCGGCGUGCGGCUCUGACGCUAAUUCUCGAUUCGUGUCGUUCUACGAGGUGUAUUGUCCCUCCCUAAUCGUGCCAUAAUUCGCCAUGAUUGUUGUUUAUAAAGAUAUUUCGAGAUAGUCUCGAAGUCUGUGCAUUGAUCGGCACGUGGACACAGGGAAAUGGAAAAGAAGGAAGAAAAACGAAGAAAACGAGCCGAUGAUUCGAUCGUACGAUCUUAUCGUUAUUCAAUUUUCUGAAACGAUCGCGAUAAAAUACGUGCAAAAUUUCAUCAGUUUUCACAUUCGCGUAAAGAACCGAAGAAGAAUAAAGACAAGAAAUAAAAAAGGGAGAAGAGGAAGUCGGAAAAUCUAUUGGGUGAAAUACUUUCACCCGGUGGAAGCUGUCUGAAAUGAUCGACGUCGAAUCAAUCGCCGCAUGCCACGUGACGUCGCGUUGCACAUCUCACUCGCCAAUGCACUUGCCGUGUAAAACUCUCCCCAUUCACUGAUGAUCUAUCAUAAAUGCAAUUUUCUCUAAUGUUACAUAUACAUAUAUAUUAUACAUGACACAUACAGUUAUUAUUAUGAUAAUUAUAAUUACUCUUGUAUAUGUAUCUCUGCGCGAAUUUCUUACCGAAAAUAUAAUAUGACCAGCGACUGAAA